CAUUUUUGAUGAAUUCCGGCUGUGCUUCGCGGCUUUUUGGCGGGUUAAAGAUUUUGUCGGUAUUUCACGAAUUAUAUUAAAAAUUUAACGAAACGUAAGGAUGGGUGAUAAAGACGGCGAGACUUUUGAUGAUGCUGUAGAGGAAAGAGUUAUCAACGAAGAAUAUAAAAUAUGGAAAAAAAAUACUCCCUUUUUGUACGACCUUGUGAUGACACAUGCUCUAGAAUGGCCAUCUUUAACCGCCCAGUGGUUGCCUGAUGUAACAAGACCAGAGGGAAAGGAUUACUCUGUACACCGCCUUAUUCUGGGUACACAUACUUCGGACGAACAGAAUCAUUUACUUAUCGCUAGUGUUCAAUUACCAAACGAAGAUGCUCAGUUUGACGCCUCUCAUUAUGAUAAUGAAAAAGGCGAGUUCGGAGGAUUUGGUUCUGUUAGUGGGAAGAUAGAAAUUGAAAUAAAGAUAAACCACGAGGGAGAGGUAAACAGAGCACGAUAUAUGCCACAAAAUCCUUGCGUAAUCGCAACUAAAACACCAUCUAGCGAUGUUUUAGUAUUUGAUUACACAAAACAUCCUAGUAAACCAGAUCCAAAUGGUGAAUGUCAGCCUGAUCUAAGAUUGAGAGGACAUCAAAAGGAAGGUUACGGCCUUUCGUGGAAUCCAAAUCUCAAUGGAUACCUGCUCAGUGCGUCCGAUGAUCAUACUAUCUGUCUGUGGGAUAUUAAUGCGCCACCUAAAGAAAAUCGCGUUAUAGAUGCGAAAACAAUUUUCACCGGGCACACGGCUGUCGUCGAGGAUGUAGCUUGGCAUCUAUUGCACGAAUCUUUAUUUGGUUCUGUUGCGGAUGAUCAAAAAUUAAUGAUAUGGGACACAAGGUGUAACAAUACCAGCAAACCAAGUCAUACGGUCGAUGCUCAUACUGCUGAAGUUAAUUGUUUAAGUUUCAAUCCGUAUUCGGAAUUCAUUCUCGCGACCGGUAGCGCUGAUAAAACGGUAGCGCUCUGGGAUUUAAGGAAUCUUAAACUAAAGUUACAUUCGUUCGAAUCGCAUAAGGAUGAGAUCUUCCAAGUACAGUGGUCACCGCACAACGAGACGAUAUUAGCCAGUAGUGGUACAGACAGGCGCCUACACGUAUGGGAUCUUAGUAAAAUUGGCGAAGAGCAGUCUAGCGAGGAUGCCGAAGAUGGUCCACCCGAAUUACUGUUUAUACAUGGCGGCCACACAGCAAAGAUUAGUGAUUUUUCAUGGAAUCCAAACGAACCGUGGGUUAUAUGUUCAGUGUCAGAGGAUAAUAUAAUGCAGGUGUGGCAAAUGGCAGAAAACAUUUACAACGACGAAGAACCGGAUACGCCAGCCAGUGAACUAGAAGCUGGUGCUUCAUAAACCGUGAGAAAUAAU